AUGAUGUCAUUUCAAAGGGAUACUAGGAAAGCAUCGUCGUCGUCGUCAGAUGCCUACAACGCGAACUUCUCCGAACAACAACAUGGUCAGCUAACUUACACGGCAUGCGAUGUCGUCACCCGACACCUCAUCACAGUUCUUUUGUCUAUUUCGGAAUGGUGUCGAGGGCUGGCCGAGAAGCUUGGCUCAGAAGACAGCGAACGAUGCGUUCGCUUCUCAUCCCACUUUUAUGAUCUUAACAUAUCAGCAGCAAUGUCAUCAGUCGCAUCGAAACAAGCAUUGCUUAUCGCACUUGGCGGCAUCUCCAUCGCCGCACUUUUCGUAUGGUACAUCAAAAAAGAUGGUGGAAAGAAGAAGAAGCCAACGCUCACAGAUUCCAAUGGAUCAGCAAGUGUUCAAAAUGGAAGUGUUGGGAAUAAGAAGCAACAACAAAAUGGACAUGCAAAUGGCUCGAUUAGCAGCUCAAAACCGAAGGUAGCAGAGGUUCCAAACCCAGCAGAAGAAGCUCCAGCUCAGAACGAAAAACCGAUCGAAGUAGUCGUCGAGAAGAAGCAAAACGAGCCAGAGAACAAAUCGGAAUCAGUGGAAACUGAUCACGCGGCCGCCGGAGAUUACUCUGAAGCUGUUCAACAAGCUGAAGACGUGGAGGUUCAGGAAGAGGAGCAGAAGGAAAGCGAACCAGAACAGAAGCCAGAAGAAAAGGUAGAACCUGUCAAGGAGGAGGUGGAAGAGGAGCAGUUCGUCAAGAAGGAAGAGCCAAAACUGAAGUCCGCUCCACCAGCUGCUCCACUCAUAAUGCCAUUGCCGAAAACUAAGGUACUCGAGAAUGAGCAGAUACCCGAAGAGCCAACACCAACGAAAUGCUUUGGAAACCUGACAGUGGAUACCGUAUCGCCAGCGUCCGCGUUUUCGUGGAGCGAGGAGAUGGAGAAGAGCUACAACGAGGAAGAGUUCAGAGCACAGGAAUCCAGCGAUAUCGAUAGAUCUCCAGCGUCACCACUCAGACACACCUCACAUCAUCAGAACCAUCAUCACAAGAAGAAUGGAGGAUCGAUGCAGAAGAAUAUGAGCAAUAAUAAGAAAGGAGCCAGAGGCACGCCAAACCAUAAUCAGCAUUAUCAGCCACCACAACCAGAGAAGCGAGGAGAUGUCAAGAAGGGACAACGACGAUUGACGAAGGAGAAGAGUGCAGAGGAGAAGGUGGAGAAGCCACAGAAGAGAGUUGUGAUCAAAGAGACCCCAGUCGUCCAAACCAUGCCAGCCGAGACCACCGAACUUCCACAAUCGCCAAUCCAUUCGGACGAGUCGUACGAGAAGAGCGGAUCACCAGGAUUGGAUAGCCAGAAUAGCGAGGUGCGUGCUUAUCUUUUUACACUCGCUCAUCUUCUCACCUCUCAAAAUCAUCGAAUGCUGACGUCGGCUCCCGUAUUCGUGCAUCCAACUCAGCUACCUACUCACAUUCCUCCACCACCAGUACUCUUAUCACCUGGUGGAACUCUUCUCUUCCCACCUGGAUUCAUUCCACCACCAUUCCCAGCUGUUCUUGACGAAGAAGAACUUCACGAGCUCACCGCAAGCGCAAGCUGCAGUUCACCAGAUUUCGGACUCAGUGAAUCGUUUUACUAUCCUAGUUCAUCUAGUGAAGUAUCGGAAGCCUCUCCGUUUGAAACUGCUGACUUUGGAACUGUCACGUUAAACAUCUACUCAUUAACCGGAGACGAAGAAGAAGAAUUCAGAAUGUACGCAAAGGCACAAGAAGAAGUGAAACUAAAAAGACAACGACGGAACUCAACAACAUCCUCAUCAGGAUAUGGGUAUAGUCUUCCAAGGACGCCUACAACUGAAAUAUUAUUCGACACGGCUUCUUCUCAAGACUCUGGACGUGCCACUGGACCACUCGCCUCUCCACAUGAUGGAGACAUCAAUGGAACUGAAGAAGAUUACUUGCCAAUGUACGAGUUUGAAAUUCCAAACAGUCUCGUUGGAUUGAUCAUCGGAGUGAAAGGAAAGACCAUCAAGGAGCUCAGCCAACGCACGAAUGUUCGUAUGCUAAUUCGUCAGCAUCAUGCACCAGAGAAGUCCAAAUCCCAUCAGAUAUGCCAGGUCCGUGGAAAGAGAGACGAGAUCAAUCACUGUCUUCAAAUGCUCCGCCGCCGUUUCCCACCAGCACGCUUCCCGGAAUUGAACCUUCAGCCUGUUGUCCCACCAAUCCUUCCAAACGGUAACUUCGACAUGCUCUCCACUACACCAACUUGGCUCACACUUCCGGACGACAUCAAAUGCGAAGUCGCGGUGUCUUCAAUCAUCAAUGUGUCGCACUUCUUCAUUCAACAGCCGACCCAUCCAUCGUUCGCUUCAUUGCGCCAUUUGGACAUGUACAUGGCAUCCCUUUAUGGUGAACAAUCCAACCUCCCAGAGUUGCCGAUCCCAUGCCAAAAAGGACUCUUGUGCGCUGCCUCAAUUGGAAACUCGUGGUUCCGUGCUGUCACCGUUCACUACUACGAUGAGACUGACGAGGUGUACGUGAAGUUCGUCGACUAUGGAGGUUACUCCAGAAUGGCUCGACAAGAUCUCCGACAAAUCCGUACCGACCUGAUGUCUCUUCCAUUCCAAGCCACUGAAGUCGUGUUGGCUCAUGUUCGUCCAGUUGAUGGAACCACUAACUGGAGUGAGGGAGCUAUGCAAUUGUUCAAGGAGGCUUGCACUGGAAAGGCCAUCAACUGCAAAGUGGUUGGACAUUCCGUGGAAACUGACAUGGCCAUGGUGGAGUUGUACGUUCCAGUGAAAAUGGGAAAUGAAACGAAAGAAGUGAGAUUCGAUAACCUCCUCAUGGAACGUGGAUUCGCCAGAACGGCUGAUCCAUCCAAGAUGGUUCGUGUCAGCUACCAACCAAAUCUUCUCGCUGGAGAUGUGCAAAUGAAGCGACCAUCAUUCUCAUCACAGACAUCACAAACUGCCGUUGUUUGCUGA